UGUCCAUGGUUGGGUUUGGUGGGUGCGCGCGGUUCUCUGGGAUGCGACCAUAAUCACAAACCGUUAUUAUAUCGCUCUGGAUCAUUUCCCUAUACAGUUCAUCAAAACCAACUACAAGAGAUUGUGAAGGACGUGAGGCAUCAUGGCAGCUCAUGAACAGGCGAGGCAGCGCUCACUCUCCACCUCUGGUGAAUCACUCUACAUUGUGCUUGGCAUUGACAAGCUAGCCACUCCCGAUGAUAUCAAGAAAUCCUACAGAAAACUUGCGUUGAAAUUCCACCCUGAUAAGAACCCAGAUAACCCAGAAGCUUCUGACAAGUUUAAGGAGAUCAACAAUGCCCAUGCCAUUCUGAACGACCCCACCAAGCGGAACAUCUAUGACAAGUACGGCUCCCUGGGACUGUACGUGGCUGAGCAGUUUGGCGAGGAGAAUGUGAACACCUACUUUGUUCUGUCCAGCUGGUGGGCUAAGGCGUUGUUUGUGUUCUGUGGCCUAGCCACUGGCUGCUACUUCUGCUGUUGUCUGUGUUGUUGCUGUAACUGCUGCUGUGGGAAGUGUAAACCACGGCCCCCAGAGGGCCAGGAGCCCGACUUCUAUGUGUCCCCUGAGGACCUGGAGGCCCAGAUGCAGUCUGACGAGAGAGAGGGUGGCGGUGAAGCCAUCUUGGUGCAGCCAUCAGCGACAGAGACCACCCAGCUGACGUCAGAUGGUCACCAUUCCUCCUACCAGACCGACAUGGGCUUCAACUAAACCCCAUCCCUAUCCUGGCCUGUGGCCCUGCCUGCUACCCUGCUCCACCUUAAAAGGAUGAUUAGGGCAAUCUGUUUUAACUUCACUAAGAGCGCCAUGUCCUGGAGAGGAGCUGGAGGAGCGAGCUUGGCCUACAUACAAAACUCUUGAAGACCCCCCC